CCUCCAAUAUUUAGAGAGAGAGAGAGAGAAUUCCCUUAAAGCGAGGGUUUUAGAGAGAGAGAGAGACAGAGAGAAAGAGAGAGAGAGGGCAGCGCAUUCCUUCGAUCGGCGUUGAAUUUCUGAUGAAACCUCGCGACGCCCGCCGAUGAUCCCGCCGGACCCCAGCCUCUUCCUCUACAUCUCCGUCGCCAGCGGGGCCUCCUCGAUCCUCGCCGAGUUCGCCGGCGGCGGCGGCGGCGGCGGCGGCGGCGGCGACCCCGAUCUCCUGCCCAUCGCCCGCCAGUGCGCCCUCCGCGCCCCGCCCCACCACUCCUCCUUCUCCCACACCACCCGCCGCCGCUCCUACACCUUCCUCGUCGCCGAUCCCCUCGCCUACUUCGUCGUCGCCGACGAGGCCCUCGACAAGGCCGAGGUCCUCCGCUUCCUGGAUCGCCUGCGAUCCUCCUUCGAGGCCGCGGUCGGGCGCGAGACGGCGCGAUGCCCCGAUGGCCUGAGCCCCGGCUGCUUCCAGCCCCAAUUCGAUCGGGUCCUCCGCGACCUGAUGCGGCCGGGCGGCGGCAGCGGCGACGGAUUCGACUCCACCCCGGGGUCGAUGACCACGAGCGCGGAGAGCAGUAGGAACGCGAGCCUCGAUGGAGGGGGAGCCUUCAUGGCUCCGCUGCUGGGCAGCCCCGGGAAGGUGCUCAAGAAGAAGAAGAGGUUGAAUGGCGAAUCGGCGGCCAAGGGCGACGCGAAGGACCUCAAUUUCGAGAACAAGGUGGAAGUGGCCGACGAGGCGAACGGGCUGUGCCGGGAUUUCCCUGCCUCGAUACAGAAGAGCGGCGUUCAUUCGGGGGAGCGGCUGAGGGCCAAGCAAGUCUGGAAGAAGCAUGUGUGGGUCGUGCUGUCCAUCGAUCUGGUCGUGUGCGUCGCCUUGUUCGGGGUGUGGUUGUGGGUGUGCAGGGGAUUCCAGUGCAUCGAUGCCUGAAACUGAAGAUCCGGGUGUGUCCUGUUUGUCGUCGCGCUUGUUUUCGAUUACUAAUUUUUAGUCCGGAAGGAUUUGUCUAUACCCAAAUGAGGGAGAUGAAAGAGGGGCGAUUGCAUCGCCAUGCCGGCGGCCGUAAGUCUCUUGAAGUUGCGCAUUUCGGCUCUCAAAUGUAAAUCUCUUGUUAUUUAUCUAUGAGUCUCUUUGAUGUCGGAUUGAGUUCUAUAGAAAUUAUACGUAUCUGGAAUGUUGCCGUAUGGUUGAAGUUGAUCACAUAACCUUUUGAGCAGUACAUUGCCAAAUGGAUUCGAAUGCCCGAGCUACAGAUCUUGCAGUCA